UUUAUCCACUGUGUUCUAGAAAUUACGAACGUAAUAAUUGGUACAUUUUCUCCAUUUUAAUAUGUUUAACUUAAGUGUAUUUAAAUUAUAUAUUGUUUAACUCUGUUAUCUUAUACGAUAAGAUAGAUGUUUUUGUGUAACUUAUUAUUCUAAUGAAUUUGCACUUUUACUUAUCACUGUAACUAAUAACCUUAUAACUUGUACAUUGAGUCAAAAUUAAAAUGUGGAUUCAAAGAGUUAAUUCUUUUAAACAAAUUAGAAAACUUCAAAGUGUAAAAUAUUUAUCAACAAAAAUACAAGAUUCCGAAAAUGUUGGGCCCAUUGUAUUUCAUAAAUUAGGAGGUGAGGAUAAAGGGAUUGCAGUGUAUGGUUUGAACAGUCCAAAGGCAAGAAACGCUCUUGGCUUUGAUUUCAUACAAUCUAUGCGGGAAGUCAACCAACUCAUCCGAGAGGACACAAAAAUCUCAGUGGUAAUACUGCAUAGUUUAGUACCUGGAAUAUUCUGUGCUGGAGCAAAUUUAAAGGAAAGGUUUAAAAUGAAUGAUGAUGAAGUUGCAACGUUUGUGCGAGGACUUAGAAACACAUUCAUAGAAAUAGAGGAUUUACCAAUGCCUACAAUAGCUGCUGUAGAGGGGGUGGCUGUAGGGGGAGGAUUAGAAUUGGCUCUGGCUUGUGAUAUUAGGGUGGCUGCGGAAACAGCAAAACUAGGUCUGAUUGAAACAGGAAGAGGUCUUAUCCCUGGUGCUGGUGGCACCCAGAGACUACCUAGAGUAGUACAUCUAAAUAUUGCUAAAGAAUUAAUAUUCACAUCUAGAAUAGUCAAUGGAACUGAAGCUAAAGAUCUUGGACUAGUCAAUCAUGUAGUUCCACAAAAUAAUAAGAACAAUGCUGCUUUUGAAAAAUCAAUGACUAUAGCUCGUGAAAUCAUUUCAAAUGCACCCAUCGCUCUGAGAUGUGCAAAGCAGGCUAUCAAUGAGGGUGUCCAACUCAGCAUCAAAGAUGGUUAUGAAGUGGAGCAGAAGUGUUAUGAAAUAAACAUUCCCACUAAAGACAGACAGGAGGGAAUGCUGUCUUUCAUGGAAAAGAGAAAACCUCAAUAUCAAGGACAUUGAGAUUAGUUUGUAAUAAUAAGAAUUUACUGAAAACAGGACCAAAUAAUAUUUUUAUUGUUGUUAUUAUUAUUAAAUGUUAAACCAAUAUUA